CAGUCUCUCUCUCCCCUCCCUCUCUGAGCCACUGCCUCUGUCUCAGUCCCUCUCCACCCACCCGGCGCGAAAUUACCUUCCUGCCCUUCUCCCUAGAGAGCUGUGAAUACGCAGUGUGAGAAAGAGAGAGACUUUAGAGGAAGAAAUAAUGUGCCACCACAACAAGAACAGUCCACCUCCGAAUCUUCAUCAUCACGUGAAAUUUCAAACCAGGUCGAUUUCUAUGAUGAAGAUGAUCAAGGAGGAAGAAGAAGAAGAAGAAAUCAAGCCGGUAAAGAAAGCUUCACUGAAACCGAAGCGAUCAGCGGCGGCGGCGCGGAAAUCGAGGAGCCGGAGAAGAAAACCGAAGUACUUGAGCCUCCGCUCGUCGCGGCUCUCCGCCCGAAACGACGUCGUCGCCGCCUCCUCCGCCGAUACGGAUUCCAAGAUGACUGCUGCUACUACUACUACGGCGGUGACGCGCCUCGGCCACCAGCUCAAUUUGUUUCCGUUGCAUCCGGAGCUGAACGCGGCGGAGGCGGAUCACCAGUCCGACGACAACGUGGCUCUGCUGUUCGAAUCCGACGGCGGAGCCACUCUCCACGGGCUGCUCACCUCCGCCGACACCGCCACCACCACCACGACGUCGACAAUGUCGUCCGAUCACGACCAGACCGAGUCCAGUUACGGCUACCGCCGCGGAAUGGAACGCGGCGACGAUAUCGUACGGUCGGCGAUGAGGGGCAGCGGAGGAGAUCGGAGCGUGGAGAAGUGGGUGUGUUACUCGGAGCUGGUCAAGGAGGAGGUUGAGUUAACGGCGACUACGACGAGCUCGGCGAGCACGUGUUGCAGUGUCGGCGAUGAUCGGAAAAGUCAUCGGGAUCAACGACUGGCGUUGAAGCUUGACUAUGAGGAGGUGUUGAAUGCUUGGUCCGAUAAGGGCUCGCUGUACAUUAAAACCGAAGACGGCGAACCGCCGCCGCAAACGGUGCCGGACUUGCUUCAGGAUCAGCUCUUUCACCACCUCCAUGAUUCCACUGCCAAUAUUGAGGAUUUAUGGAGGGUGCCCGAAGAGGGUGGGAGUGGGAGUGGUAGCGGUAGCUUGGAGAGGAAGAUUCAAAGACAGGCGAGUUUAUUGAGAUACAAGCGGAAAAGGGAGAACAGGCUGUUUUCUAAGCGGAUUCGGUAUGAAGUUCGGAAGCUAAAUGCCGAGAAACGACCCCGUAUGAAGGGUCGGUUUGUGAAGAGUAGUUGAAAGCCAAGAUGUAGGGCAUGGAUCAUAUUAAUUAAUUACUUCAGGAAAAAGGAAAGGAUGAUCAGCUUGGUUUUUGUGUUUAUGUCAAGAAUUAGCUACUAUGAUCUUUUCCUUUUACUUUGUGUUACUGUUUUUCCUUUCUUUUCUAGAUCUAUUUUGCCUGUUACAUGGGGAAGAGAAGGUAAUAAUGCUUCUUGCUAGAAAAUAUAAAUAUUGCGUAAAAUCA